CUAAUCUCUUACUCUACUUUCAAAAAGUGUAGAUUAUUGAGCUUAAGCCACGAAGAAUGGUUUAGUGGGAGGGGGGGGGGUUACACAUGAUGUACAACAUUCCUUUGCUGUCCCAUUGUCAAAUGGAGAACAUCAUAAGCAACACGUCGCCAGAAAUUGCUGAUCGAAAUCCUAUGGUUUUAGAUGGGCUCCCCUCACAUAUGUUGUCAGAUGCACUUGUCCAGUCGCUGAUUCUUAAUAAUAGCCAAAGCCAGAUCAUAGAUGGAUAUCCUUUGCUCCCAACUUUGCAAGGAAAUGAAAUAAAUGAUCUCCAUGAUGAUUUCCCAAUAACAAAUCAUGGUGGGAUUAUUGAUUCAAAUGCUUCAACUUCUAGAAAUUUGCUGCUCAAUAGACAAGCCAACAAAAAUGCCUCAGUCAGAAGUUUGCAUCCUGUCAACAACAGUGAGUUGCAGGAGCAGUUCCGUGGAGGAGCAUCUCUCUCUGCUAAAUCACUUCCUAACAUUUUGGAAACAACCAGUACUCUGCAUGAAAAUCUUGAUAGGGUCACAAUGUAUACCCCAACAACAUUUCCGUUGGAGGAUUUGAGGAUUUUUGCUUCCAAUGGCUACAGCACAUCCGAUUCAUCAUUUACAGCCCCUGUGAAUGGUGAAUACAAUAGAGGAAAUAAUGAUGUGGAGUUUAUGGCAUCCAAGAAGGACUGUGGUUUGCCUGGGCAAUUGGAUGGUAAGUGGGAUAUCGAGAAGUUUCUGGAUGGUGAGCAGCUUACUGGAAAAACUCCGAUGAAUAUGAUUUGUGAUCCAUAUCAUUUUGUGCGUUGCUUAGGACCCAAUGCAUGGAUGACAACAUCUAACAAAUCGAACUGCAGUGCGGAUGAUUCAUACACCUACCGUAUGCCUAGUAAUGAGCUUUCUCUAAGUCUUGCCACAUGCCAACCCUCUAUUACAACUGUACCCACCAUUCCACAUCAGCGCUCAGAAAUAAGCUGCUCUGGUUUUACUCAGCAUUCUUUGCGCGAAGUUGGGAUGGGAUUAGAUUCAGAGCAAACCUGUAGCAAGAGUAAGGAGUUUUCUUUGAGUUAUGGUUCAUAUAAACUUUUCCACUUCUCACAUAUUUUGUCUGGAUCAAAAUAUCUCCAUGUGGCUCAGCAAAUACUCACUGAAAUUGCAAGCUAUUCGCUUGAAAAUCAAGACGAGAUUAGCAAUUCAGCAGGAAGGAUUGGGAAUGGGGCAAAGAUUUCAUUUUCUUCAAAUUGUUCUGAUAUGAGAGAUAUUUCAGUGGACUCUGAUGAAUCUCGAUACCCUGCUGGAGCAGUCAGAUCCAAGGAUCAAAUUAACUUCACAUUGCAAAGACAGGAAAUUGAAGCAAAGAAAACUGAACUGCAGGCACUGCUUGAACUGGUUGAUAAAAGAUACAACCAUUGUUUGGAUGAGAUCCAUACAGUAAUUUCUGCAUUUCAUGCUGCAACUGAGCUGGACCCUCACAUACAUGCUCGCUUUAUUCUUCAAAAAGUCUCCCUCCUAUAUAACAACCUAAGGGAGAGAAUCACCAAUCAAAUCCUUGCAAUCGGGGAAGGCCUCAGCAGUGGACAUAAUAGAGAGGGGACAUCUUUCAAGUCAUCUUUCAUCCAAAAGCAAUGGGCUCUUCAGCAGCUGAGGAGAAGAGAUCAUCAAAUGUGGAGACCACAAAGAGGGCUGCCAGAAAAAUCUGUCUCCGUUUUACGGGCAUGGAUGUUUCAAAACUUUCUCCAUCCGUAUCCGAAAGAUGCGGAGAAGCAUUUACUUGCAAUAAGAAGUGGAUUGACUAGAAGCCAGGUCUCCAACUGGUUUAUAAAUGCACGGGUUCGCCUCUGGAAACCAAUGAUAGAAGAAAUGUACUCAGAAAUGAACACGAGAAAGGGCCGUCGGGUUGGAGAAGGAACUAAUAGUGUCCGUAGGAAUCAAUUAAGGAUUGAUGAUCAGAGAGUAUGACUGAACUGAUGCCAAUGUAUUUAGAAAUUGCUUCAUGAUUCAUUCCCUUCUUUUGCUGUGCUUUGAUCUUUGUAAUGGCUGAGAAAUUGAUUUCACUAACUGGUUCAUUGUGAGAGCAAGGAUAUCCAAGGAAAAAGAAGGAUGGGGCUUUGCAAUCUUAAUCAUUCAGCUUGAAAGGGAAGGCCUUGCACACUGUUGUGUUACCUUCAGAUGAUUAAUUUUUGUGCAUAAUAUGUAUUGUUGGCUCAUUUGGGCUUAAAUCUGUAAUGCUAAUUUAACUAUUUCAGU